GGCAGAAAAGAGUUGCAGUUGAUGCAUCCAUUUGGAUUCAUCAAUUUAUGCGAACUAUGCGAGACAGAGAAGGCAAUGCCUUAAAGAAUGGUCAUUUACUUGGAUUCUUUCGACGUAUUUGUAAACUUUUAUUUUUUGAUAUAAAACCAGUAUUUGUAUUCGAUGGCGGAGCUCCUUCAUUAAAACGAAAUACAAUUAGAGAAAGACGAAAACGUAGAGAAGGUGUUAAAGUGAACUUGAGAGCUACAGCAAAAAAAAUUCUUAGUGCACAAUUAAAAUCAAGAGUUUUAUCCCAAGAAGAGAAAAGGUUUUUUUUUUUAAUAGACACACGGACAUACUAUUAUAUAUCAAAGGAUUUUAUAUAUGUGUAUUUAUUUAUUUAUUUUAACUAGACUGCGUGGUGGUGAGCCGCUAAAUGAGAAAGAAGAAGAGAAUUAUAUUUAUGUCGACCAAUUAACAGAAUCAAGUCGUAAAAAACGAAGAUUGGAUCCAUAUGAACUUCCAGAAAUGAAACAAGAUGAAUUAAACUCACGUUUACAUAAACUUGAUCCACGUUUUGUCACAACAGAAGAAAUGCAGAGCUUUGUAAAUGAGUUUGAUUUAUCUGGGCUUGAUAUUGAUUCUGAAGCAUUUCAUGCUUUACCGACAGAGAUACAGUAUGAAAUUAUCCAAGAGCGUACAUGGAAAUCCCGAACGACUUCAGCAGCUCGAUUAGAUGAAAUGGUACGUGGAUCUAAGACAGCUUUAGAUUUUUCAAAACAACAGAUCAAGCAAUUACAAUAUAGAAAUGAAAUGAGACAAAGAUUGUUAAAUGUAAAUAAUGCUUCAAAUGGUAUCUCAGUGGAACCUGUACGUAUUGCAAGCGAGCGUGGAAGAGAAUAUAUUUUAUAUAAAAAUGAAAAUAUAGAUGAAGGCCUCGGAUGGAAGUUACCUGGCUUAAGUGCAUCUAAUCCAGUCGAUUUAGAUCCUGUUCCUUCUCAUUCUGAACCAAAGUUAGAAAUUCCUAAAGACAAGCAGGAAGAAAAUAUGCCUCUUGACGAAUCUAAUGAUAAGGUUGCAGCUGCAAUAGCCUCUAAUCCUAAACUUGCUGCUUUAGUUGAACAGUUCCUGAGUAGCGAUGAAGAGGAAGAAGAUGAAAAAAGAAACAAAGAUAUUAUGAAUGAAAAGGAAGAUAUGGAUGAUGAUGAUGAACCUUUGUUUAUGGAGGGGAAAAAAGACAGAACAUCUAGUCAUGUUAUCAAUGAAUAUGUUCAUGAUGAUGAUAACGAUGCAGCUAUCCAACAAGUUAUUUCUCGUAUUUAUGGAAAUGAAAAUGAACCAAGUGAUAAAGAGAAAUUAUUAAAAGAAAAGGAGAGUAUUGAACUUCUUGGCGCAGAAGAUUUUUAUGAGUUAUGGCUUUCUAGAGUACCUGAUGCAUUUAUCUAUCUUUACUCAUUUAAUAAUGAAUAUAAAAAUAUAUUAAGAAGAGCUAUUGAGCAAUUGGAUAUGGAGAGCCUUUUAAAGGAGUUGCAAUCUGUACGUAAACAAUUCGGGAAAACAAAUGAAGGAGAUGAGUUGACACUAGAAUCCUUGCAGUUCUUGGAAGGCUUUUAUGAAAGUGUAGUUAAAUGGAAACUGAAUCAAGAUGAAGAGGAAGUGUUUGUAGAUGUGUCAAGCAAGGAAAUAGAGGAGGAUAUGCACAUUCGAACCCCUUCAGAGCCAGUAAGAGAAGAUCAAGAUGUGAUUAUGUUGGACGAUGAGGAAGAUGAGGAAGAUAUUCAAUUUGUGGAGACAGUAAAUGAAACAUAUGAUGGGGCAGUAGCCUCAAACACGGAUGACAAUAAAGGAUCUUUUAAUGAUGAAGUAAUAGUACAUGAAAUGAAUAAAGAGGAUGUCAGAGAAGGAGAAGCAGUAGAUAAAAGUACAAAUGAUCAUCAUGUACAUAUCAAUAUAAAUCAAUCGUCACUGCAGUUAGGCAAUACAGAGCUUUCAAGUCAUUUUACUGACUAUAAAGAUGAUACACCAUCUCUACAAUCAGAAAAAGAUACAAGUGUUAUUGUUGAAGGUGAAUUAAAGAGUGCUAAUAAAGAAAAGGAAGGAUUAUUGAAGAUGAACGAUAAAAGAGUUGAAGAGAAUGAAACGAUGACCAUGGUCGAUCAUAGUGUCCAAGCCACAACUGACACUCAUGGUUAUAAUUCUGAAGAGGAGUUAGAUGGUAAUGUGGAAGCAGAAGAAGAUGAAUAUGCACGAUUUUUAUCAGAUAUUGCCCUGAAAAAGUUGGAUGAUAUAAAAAAUGAGCUUUAUCAAGAUAUGAAAAAGUUAAAUAAGCAACAACGAAAAGAAAUGGGAAAUUCAGAUGACAUUACAGAUCAAAUGGUGCAAGAUAUUCAAGAACUCUUAAAGUUAUUCGGAAUACCUUAUGUUGUUUCACCUAUGGAAGCAGAAGCACAAUGUGCAGAAUUAGAAAAGUUAAAUUUAGUAGACGGAACAAUUACAGAUGAUUCAGACGUAUUCUUAUUUGGUGCCACUCGUGUUUAUAAAAACAUGUUUAAUCAACAACGAUACGUUGAAUGUUAUCAAAGACAGGAUAUUGAGCGAGAAAUGCUAUUGACGCGUAAAAAGUUGAUUCAACUAGCAUUUUUAUUAGGAAGUGAUUAUACUGAAGGUAUCCCGGGUGUAGGUCCUGUAGCAGCUAUGGAAAUUUUAGCUGAAUUUUCUGGAUCUCAAGAUGAAGAAGAAAAAUUAGAAUUACCAUUACAAAGAUUUAAAGACUGGUAUAAUAGUGGAAAAGAUGAUACACCCUUUCAAAAGAAGUUUAGAAAGAGACAUCACUCUCUUGAUAUUUCUGAUGAUUUUCCUAAUCUAAUCGUUAUUGAUGCUUAUUAUAAUCCGACAGUGGAUCACUCUUCACAAAAGUUUGAAUGGGGACAUCCUCAGUUAGAUUCACUUCGUAUUUUUUUGAUGGAAGCCUUUGGAUGGCCUGAAGAAAAGGCAGAUCAAGUCCUCUUGCCAGUAUUGCGUGAAAUGAACAAAAAGAAAGUAAGUUUUUUUCUCUAAAAUUAAAAGGAAAAAAGAAAAGUUGACUUUUUUUAAUUAUUAUAGGCUACUGGGGAACAAGUAACGAUUAAUUCCUAUUUCAAUGUGAAUAAUAACAUAUCUUCUUUUACUUCAACUCAUAACAAAAAACACUCAAGUAAAAGAGUACAGAAUAUUGUUGAAAAUUGGAGAAAACAAAAGAAUGCAAAAAGAAAAAGAUAAAUCAUUUUGUGUAUAUAAAAAAUACCUUUUUUUCUCUUUUAGAAUCAAAUUGUAAAUACUGCUUAAUAUAUGAAUUUACUCGUUUUUUUAUGGCGUAUUUUUCUAUUGGUUGAAGCUUAAUUUUAACUUUAAAUUUCUCC